AUGCGCGACGCGCUACUUGGAAUUCGCCUCCCUCUCAUCCUUCCCCUCAUUCGUCCCCUCUCCCCUUCAUUCCUCCCCACAUUCACCUUCCCCGCUCCCCCAGAGGACCCGCUAUCCACGCUAGUUUACGACGGGGGCGCACUGCGGAGAGUAUUGGGCAGCGUGGAGGAGGCGGAGGCGCUGAUUUCGGCGCUGUUCGCGGAGCUGGACGUGGACGGCAGCGGGUGCAUCAGCAAGAGCGAGCUGCGCCCCGCGCUCGUGCGCCUCGGGCUUCACAAGGGCGACAACACCACGGGGGAAGCGCGCGAGCACACGGAGCAGGUACUAGAGCGCAUAAUCGACCACUAUUGCGUGGACGGCGACGGGGAGCUGUGCCGCGAGGAGUUCUCGGCGCUGCUGCUGGACGUCUUUAAAGACCUCUCCUCCGAGCUCGAGGCCGCGCCGCUCUACCUGCCGCAGCGCGCUACCGUUCUCAACGGCGCGUACAUAAAAAAGAUUCUGAGCGACGACGAGUUUUUCACGGCCGUGUCAGACGCAAUGUUUGACGACUGGGGCGGCGCCAACAAGGGCUUCCUCGUGUGCAGCGACGCCAUCGCGGGCUUCCGCAAGCUCGGCCUCGCCUACGGCCUGCCUCCGCCCGACGCGGCGGAAGCAGACAAGGUCUACACGUCGCUGUUUCUGUCCGCGGACGUGAAUCUGGACGGGUGCGUGGACAAGGGCGAGUUUCGCACGCUGCUGCGCUCGCUCUUCAUCGGCAUGCAACUGCAGCUAGACGAGACGCCUCUCGUGCUCGAGUCGUCCGUACGGCCGAAAGAAUCUGGCCCCUCCAGCGGGGAAGCGUUUGACGGGCCGAAGCUGCUCGCGCUGCUGCGGGAGGAGGGCGGCGGGCAGCGCGUGCGGAGGUUUCUGGAGGAGAGGUUCCGCGAGAUGGACAAGGGCGGGCGGGGGAGGGUUCCGCGCGAGGCGGUGCGCGCGGUGGUGGCGCACGUGGAACAGACGACCGUGCUACCGUCGCCUAGGAGGACGUCUUUUCAGGCGCCUGAAAAGCACGUGGAGCAGACGACCGCGCUGCCGUCGCCUAGACGGACGUUCUCGGCGGGGAACGCGGGGGAGGCGGAGAGACGGGGGGAGGGGGAGCGGCGAGGGGAGGGGGUGUUUGAAUCGGCGCGCAGAGCAAGCGGUAGAGAGCCCGCUGGGGAUGAUAGGGAGCCUGCGCGGGACACCGGUGGGGAUGAUGAUGAUUGGGAGAGCGCAGAGCAGGAGGAGCAGGAGGUGGCGUGCGAGGAGUUCGUGGAGGCGAUGAUGCGCGUGCUGCAACGCAUGGCGGACGCGCAGCACGGUGGGCACCCACACAACCCCAUACUGCAGCUCAUGGCGGGCGGGGCCAAGAUGAAGCGGGUGCUGUUGAGGCGCCUCAACAUCCCCUCCUCCCCAUUCCCACCAUUCCUUGCCGUCCCUUCCCCAGACGACCCCAUACUGCAGUUCAUGGCGGACGGGGCGAAGAUGCAGCGGCUGAUGGAGGAGGAGGGCGAGCUGGCGACACUCAUCGACCUGCUCUUCGCCAGUCUUGACACCGAUGGCAGCGGCACCAUCUCCUCUACGGAGCUCAAACCUGCUCUUUCCAACAUGGUUCAGAACAUGGGGCUGCACUCCCUUUCCCGGAGCGCCUCAACGGAGAGUGUGGUGGCACGGCUGGUGAUGACGCACGGCAAGGGGCGUCUGGACCUCUCACGAGAGCAGUUCACUGCCUUCAUGCGCGCCACGGUGUGUGAUCUGGCAGGGAGACUGGCAGCGAAACCAGAGGAGGAGGAGGAGGGGCAGGUGCUGGACGGCAGCAAGCUGCGCCAGCGCUGCCUCUCCCCCCUCCACUCCCUUUCACUCCUCCUCACCCCGCCCUCCCUCUCUCACCACCUUGUCCCCUCCCUGCAGAUCCUGGGCGACCGACGGCUCUUCCAGAAGGUGUGCGAGGACACAUUCAACUCGUGGGACGUGUCCCAAAAGCGCUGCCUGUCGCGCGCUGACAUCAGUGCAGGGCUGGCUCGGUCGGGCAUGCUGUGGGGCCUGCCCCCCCACAACGCACGCAAUGCUGAGGAGGUAUACGAGAAAUUCUUUCUCAAGGCGGACCUUGACCGGUCGGGGUCGGUGGAGCGAGCAGAGUUCAAUGUGUUUCUGAGAGGCGUGUUCCGCUCCAUGGCUGAGGAGUUGGAGAAGAAUCCCCUUGUGGUGCAUACAUCCAAGGUUAGGCCGCCCAAUGCUGAUUCGUAG